AUGCCUUUCCGAAAUCUAAAAGUUGUAAUAAUAAUCAACAAAGUAUUAGGUUUACUUUCGUGCAAAUUGGUGAACGGACGAUUGAGACCAAGCAGUACCUGGAGCUGUCGUUUCUGUGUGAUAUGGGGCUUGUAUCAUUGCUUAUACACGGGUAAUUAUUAUUAUAGGAUGGUCAUGUCGCCUACAAAAAAACUUAAGGACUACGCACUUAGUAUCUUCCGAUUUACUGCGUUUUUUGUCUCACUACUUCCUUAUUAUGCCGUGGCAGCCUUUUGGAGCAAAGAUCUUGUUAAGUUGUCCGACAAAUUUCUAACAUACGACGAGAAGGCGAUAGCAUUAGGGCAUCAAAGAAAGGACAAUCACGUAUUCGCAUAUUUGUUCUUUAUCUACACGCUCGUUACACUAACUUGGAAGGGAUAUUUAUCCAUCAGCGAUGCUGUAUCGGAAGGAUUGAUGGAGGUAAUAGCAGCCAUGUCGGAGGAAUUAGUUCAGAAUAUCACUGGCACAUACUGUAUCUUCAUAACGUGCAUAUUUCUGGAUCUGACACGUCAACGUUUCCGUCAUCUGAACGAGAAGAUAGUCCCAUACGUUUCGCAAUUACCGAUAACCGGAUCGCAGGGCGAAAUCACAGUUUAUGACGUGCGGUAUUUGCACGGCGUGCUUCUCGAUUGCGCCAAUGUGAUAAACGCAUUAUAUGGGUUCGGCACUUUAAUUACCUUCAUGUCUAUACUGCUGGAGAUUGUUUCGGUUAUAUAUCUGUCCUUAAAGGAGUUACAGGACGACGGGCCCGUGCAGAUGAUGGAUUUGUCGUUUCAAACCAUUUACUUGAUCGCAAUGUAUCACUUUACGACUUAUGAGGCAAAUCGCGUUGAAGAGCGCGUAAUAAAAUAUGGCUUACACUUUUCAAAUGAAAAAUGCCGCAUGGACAAAAUUGAGAUGAUGUUAUAUUUUUAUCAUAGGAGAUAUUCUUUCACGGCUGCGGAAUUCUUUCCACUUGAUUUAACGAUAAUUCUUCCGGUCGUUACUGCAGUAACAACAUACUUAACUUUAGUAGUAUGAAUCAUAACAAGAAUUGUAAAGAAUAACAAAUAUAAGUACAAUAUUAU